ACGGAGGCAACGAGUGCGCGGUGAGACAAAGAGGUGAAUUCCGCAGCAGACACGCGUGUAGCGGUCAGUGAGCAACCAUUUGUUCUCAAACUAUGAAUAAGGACAGAGUAUUUCGGAAGCUCUUCGUGGGUGGGUUACCUUACCAUAGUAACGAAAUAUCACUCAGACGAUAUUUUCAGCGAUUCGGAGAAAUUGAAGAAGCGGCGGUGAUAACGGACAGGUUAACUGGACGAUCUCGAGGUUAUGGUUUUGUCACCAUGGCAGAUUGGGCUGCAGCAGACAGGGCGUGUAAAGAUCCUAAUCCUAUCAUUGAUGGAAGAAAAACUAACGUGAACCUUGCCUUUCUUGGGGCCAAACCCCGCAUAGUACAUUCAGGGGGUAUGGGCCUGCAACAAGUGCAUUCAACUCUAAUGCAGAGACCAUAUGGUGUUGCACCAUACUUGAUCCCACAGACCAUCCUUCAACCUGGCCUUGUCCUGCCCUCCACCUCGUACCUGGAUUCCAAUGUUGCAUUGUAUACACAAUAUCCUACUUACGAACAUUAUUACCCAGCCUCCCCUCAGUACCCCAGUCUUGGCUACGCCUACACGAUGCAGCUUCCAUUACAAACUGGAAUUCCAAGCUUGAGCCAAUGCCAGCAUGAGCCAACAACAUUACACACAGCUGGACUUCAGAGACGAUAGCCAGUGUCAAUGAAAGCAGGCAUGAGGCUGAGAUUUUGAGUGCUGACUCGGAGGAAAUUCUAGUACUGCUGAGUUUGUCAACUGUACCAUUUGGAUCUACUACCAUUGUAUUCGUAUUAAGAAUACCUUUUAAUUUUACAGUAAAAUACAAACCAAAAUUGAGAAAAAUGCAAAUUCUGGCAUUUGUACCUCCUAAGUAUUUUUUUUGUUCCCCAUUUCCCCCUUCCAAGAUUCCUGCAAGUUAUAAUGCUUGAGUACUUCUGAUUUUUAACUUUCCCUCCCACCUUGAAGGGAAAAGUCAGUAUGCAAGUAUUUUGUAUUUGGAAAUGUGAAUUUAUUAUUAAUCUGAUUCAUUCAAAAAAUGGCAAAGCAGGGGUGGAUUGAGGCUGACCAGUCACUGCAAGAUUACGAUCUGCUCAAGCCAGCUCAACACUUACCUCCACUGAAUCAGUCACUGACAACCGCGAAGAUAUAAUUUCUACUACUGUAUCUGGCUAUCAUCUAGAACAUUUAUGGAAAUCUUUAAUUGCUUACAUACAGAUCAAGACUUCUAUAAAGGAAUUGUUGCAUUGCAAUUCCAUGCUCAGCUCAGGAUUUUUUUAAUAUAAAUGUAACUUUAUACUUUUUGAUCCUAUAUGGAAGUAGUACACUUGGGGAUUCUUUUGCUUGAAUCAGCUAUGCAUCUAUUCCAGACCACUUGUACUUGGGGAAACAAUGCUUAAGUAAUUUAUGAAAUUGUGUAAUCUGUUCAUAGUGUUUAUUGUGAGUACUUAUACUUGCAAGUACUUACACUAUGAAUUGCAGAAAUUAACCUAUUUGAAUGCUGAAA